UGUGCUGCCCGCACAGCGCGCGCAAGGAGGAAAACCGACCGGUCGUUUUUCAGGAAGGUUGCUGCAUAACAAAGAAAUGCUCCCUACUCCCGUGCUUUUCCUUUCUUUUUCUGCUCGAGUGUUUCGGUGACAGGCCCUGGCCCUGGGGAGACAUUUGCACGGCAUGGGAUGUAAAGAAAACUGGCCGCAGGAGGUCCGAGUGUCGCUGGAUUGUACCAUAUUCCCUGUCACAUUUCUCGCCUACAUGUACCGAACACCAGUUUCAAGCAUGUUUUUUAACCUGAUUUUCAGUAUUACUGACUACCAGCAGUGUGCUUAUACCAGAUAAGAUUUCCUCUCUUAACAGUGCACUAGUUACUGUUCCUGUCUUAUUUUCUUGCACUUAAGUAACAAUAAUUCAGUAAUAAUAAUUAAGUGACAGUACAAAAUUUGAAACAAGCUUACCCACUCACUGUUAUGCAGCUGCAUUCCAGAAGCCUGGUACGGACUAGUUCCCCUAGAACAGCUUCUAGGGGUUGUUCUCCUCUUAGAUCCCUGUUCCCCAGCAGACACAGGUUAUUUCUUGUGCUAAUCUUUUCCCCUUGCAUUUCCAGGCACGCUUUCCCAGUCCUGGCCAGUGUGAGGAGACGAGGCCUCUCGGGUGCCAGUGGCCGGUGGCACCAGGCCCUGGGGCUGGGGGUGGCCCUGUGUGCUGUCCCUGUUGUGGAGCAGCAGGGAUCAGUGUCCCUCAGUAACGAUGCCCUGAUCAGAAGAGCCGUGUCCCUGGUGACAGACAGCACGGCCACCCUGCUGUCCCAGACCACCUAUGCCCUCAUCGAGGCACUCACAGAGUACACAAAGGCAGUUUAUACCCUGGUGUCUCUCUACAAGCAAUACUCAAAUCUUCUUGGGAAGAUGAACUCAGAGGAGGUGGAUGCAGUGUGGCAGGUGGUCAUAGGAGCCAGAGUUGAUGUGAAGACAAAGCAGCAGGAAUACCUGAGGCUGGAGUCCAGCUGGAUGACGGCGCUGCGCCUGUCGGAGAUGGCAGCAGAGGCUGCCUAUCAGUCAGGAGCAGACCAGGCCUCGGUGACAGCCCGCAGCCACAUCCAGCUCGUGAAGUCACAGGUACAAGAAGUGAAGCAGCUGUCCCAGAAAGCAGAGACCAAAUUAGCUGAAGCUCAAACAGAGGAGCUCAUAAAAGCUCAAGGAGAGGAAUCUUCGUUGCCACAGGGUAUUUUAGGAAAUAUAGAUGCAGGUGAUGACCCUUACCUUCGGGAGGACUGAACAGAACUGAACUGUAGCAUAUCUGGGAGUCAAUCACAAAUUGAACAGUCCCAAACUUUUGUGUGGGAUAGUCUAAAACUGCUGAAAUAAGCCCGUGAUUCCAUUUUUUUCCCCAAGCAGGAUUGCUGUAGAAAUCAAGUCACUUCCAGGUAUUUGGAAGGCCUCCACUUUGUUUGUAACUUACCUUGUUUGUCAUACUUUUGGAUUCAUUUAUUUAAACGUUUAUCUAUGCAAAUGUGAAGACUGCUAUCAAGGACAGCCCGGUGUUAAUUGUGUCUCUGCUGGGAAGUUUGAUGUGUCUGUGGGAGCUCAUUAGGGAUCAGCCAAAGAAGUGUAUUUAAAGAACCUUGGUUUUAACCUGUGAAGUAAAUGAUGUGUGUGAGGAGAUGCCUUUAUUAAACUGUGCAAAAGCAUCUCAUUGUGAAGGUGCCCAUUUGGGUGAGAGAUUAAGCCCUGUUUUCUGUUUGAACUUCAAAGUUUUUAACGUCUGAGUUGACAGCUGCACCAAAUUCCACUGAGCUGCAGUCGGGGGAAAUAUUUGCUGUAGAGCUGAGAACUUUCCAUGGAGUUACUCAGGCUCUUGGUGAAGUUUUGCAGUUCAGCACAGCAUCCUCUGUCACCAAAGAGUCACCACACCUCGGGAGGUUCCUCAGGAAGCAAAAGGAGGUUUGAUUUUCAAGAUAAUGUGGUUAUAAACAAAAUUAUUUUGGUAACUUCCGUGGACUUCUUUACAAGGCAGUGAGUAAAAGAGUUUUACCUAUUUGAAUGCUUUUGAGCACAAGCUUCAGGAAAUAAUCCGAAUUCUCUCUUUCACAAACUUAAUGUUUCACUUCAGAUUUCAAAACCACAGAUGUCUUUCACUGUGCUCAUUUUCUAACUUCACAGCUAAUGGGAAAUUGGUUUUGCAGAACAGCAUCCACUAGAACUUUAUCACUGCUGAUUGGAAUCAGGUUUUGUAAAAAACACACAUUAUUCACAGGUUUUUCACAACGAAUUACCAUCUGAUGCACUGCAUCAAGGUGGCUGUUACUAAAUUGAGGAGGAAUUUUCUGUAGCAUAGAUUGUCUCAUUUUGCCUGCCUUUGGAACAAAUGCAAUCUCAGCUGCACAGCACUGUACAUUUAUAGAUUAAGUAGUAAAAGAAUUAACAAACCA